AUGUCAUUCUCCUCAUUCAAGAAUCCGGCGACAUACCAUCUGCUCAGCUAUGGCACCCUCCUGGGCUCAACGCUCUUCCAAUCCUUCGUCUCCGGCAUCGUAGCCUUCCGCGUCCUCCCUCGCCCUCAAUUCUCCACGCUCCAGAAGCACACCUUCCCCGUCUACUUCACCCUACAAACCCUCACUCCCGUCGUCAUGCUGCUUACGUACCCACGCGGCGGAGCAUCGUCCUUACUACCGUUCCUCUCUUCCUCGCCGAUUCCGCCGACAGCGACCGAUAACCUGAGUUCCUGGCUGCACACCACCAUGUUUCUCACCGCGCUGGUCAACUGGGUCUACGUUGGACCCAAGACAACGGAAGUCAUGGGUCUGAGGAAACAUCAGGAGACGAGGGAUGGGAAGAAGAGCUAUGAUGCUGGGCCACAUAGCAAGGAGAUGCAGGCGUUGAACAAGCAGUUCGGCAUUCUGCACGGUGUUAGCAGUCUGGUCAACAUGGUGGGAUUGGGGGCUAUGAUUUGGUACGGUGCAGUACUGGCUGAUGGGCUGAGCUUGUAG